CAUCCAACCAUCAUUAUUUAAAUCUCAUCAAAAAGCUUGAGUACCAAUUUCCUCGAAUCAGUUUAACAAAAUGAAAAACUCCUUCAGUCUUUCAAUUAUUAUAAACUUCAUCUUACUCAUCACCUUAUUCAACACUCUUAACAGAGCACAAGAAUUCGUUGUGAAAUGUUGUGAUAAAGUGAGCAUUUGCUCAGAGAUUAAUGAAGAUGUUGAUUGUGGAAAAGAUUCGGAUGGGUGCCCUAUUCCCUACACCUGUCCAAAUGGAAUACACACAGUUCCUGUGUGUCCAAAUGGUGGGCGUGUCAAUUACACUUGCAGUGAUGAUGGGUUCACUAGACCUGCGUGUGAACUUCCUGACGCUGACGCUGAUCAAUAGGGAGGAAAUCGAUUAGUCCCCAAUCAAGCAUUGCAUUCUUGUACUGGCAUCAUCUCUUUCUUUCAGACAGAUAUUGUACACCAUGAGCUCUUUCUUUUCUUUGAGUCGAUGUUUCUUUGAUGUUUUAUCAUCCAAUUCAUGUUUUCUUCGAAUAAAAUGUUCCGUUUCGGUUUUUAAAGGCUUUCUUUUGAAUGAUCUUGAACUGGUGUCUCUAAAUUUCAACAUUUGAUCAAAUUGAAAUCUGUAGUCUUUCAUUUCAAGAUGAAACAACACAAACACGCAUAC